AUCGUUUUCUUUUGUUGAAUUUGCAAUGGAUGAGGAUAACGAAUACAUGACCGCAUUAUUAUAUAAUGUGAAAGAAAUUGCUGAUCGAGAAGCGCGAUCACUUGGAAAGGAAACUUCACCAGAAUUUGUAUUGUCAUUGACCGAAGUUUUAGCCUCUCAAAUAAAGUUAUUGGGUCAGGAUUUAGAAGCAUUUGCAAGACACGGUAGACGUUCAGUUAUCUCAAUGGAGGAUGUCAAGCUAUGUGCCCGUAGAAACGACACAUUGUAUGAGGUUAUCUCCGAGACAGCAAAGGAAAUAGCUGAAGAUGCCAAUAAACGAAAGCAAAGAAAGUUAUAAAAGCUUACGUUCCUGUUCGUUCACUUGCAUCAUUUGCUGUCGAAGAUCAUCUGCGUGAAUGCAUCCGUGAUCAAUAGGGAAUAAGCCAGUUACAGCUUCGGCUAGUGGAGUAGAUUUGUGUUGUUGUUGUUGAGCUGGCUCCGGACUUGGACUUCUAGGAGCUUUCCUGUCUUCUUCGUGUCCUUCUAUUAGCUUUUCACCCGUCUCCUUGUGAUUUUUCUUUUCUUUUCGAUCUUGCACAACGUCUUUAACAAACCCUGCCACAUCUUUCACAUAGCCCACAACACCUAAUUUUUCAGGUGAUAAGCUGUGCUGAGAAAUUCUUCGCUCGCUCUUUGGAGGAGGAGGAGGAGAAAUAGAAGGAGUGCGGAUGAUGUGUUUUUGUUGGUAUGGCUUCUGUUCUGGAACAACAGCUGUUUGCACAGGAAUAUGUUGAGGAAUGUCUUGGUGGUCCAUAAGAUAUAAAAUUAGAAUAGAG